CACGGCUCUCAUGGCCACAUACAGCUGUUGGGAAGCGCAUAUGAACGCGCGAGCCAAUCUUUCAGAGAUAUAAAGGCAAAACACAAAUCAUGUGAAACUCCUAAUAACACAUGUGGUUAGUCAUCUUGCCAUGGACCCCCAGCCUGAAUAGACUGUAGAAUCAAGCGGACUAUCAUGCAUCCGUUUGGCCGUGAAGAGGAGACCUCCAGGCGGGAGCUCUUCGGUUUCUUCACGCGGUGUUUGCAGUGCGGGGAGUGGGAGCUCGCGGCAGCCUGCAUGUGUCAGCUCGGCGAUGAUCCACACAGCCCACGUGACAUCGUUAAAGCCAUCGUCACACACCCGUACCUGCUCAGGUGGGAGACAGUUGGCAGCCCUCACAGACUGGCCUGGUAUUGGCUUCAAGUCCUGGAGAAGCUGACUAAAAUUAAGGUGAGCAGGUCUGUGAAGAGAGAACUGGAGUUCCUGUUGCUUUUAGAGGAACUAGGAGAUAUCCCACAAGCUGUGAUUAAGGAGCUGCAUGAAGCCUACAUGAACUCUGAGGAAGGAAAAGCAAAUAUUCCAGGUCAUUUUUGCCCCCCGUUUAGUGCUGCCGUUCUAUCCUGCCUCCGUUCCCUCUUAACCCGGCAGCAGCCGCGUCUUGUCCAUUCAAUCGUCAGCUUCCUUCAGGAUGCAGACCGCUCCAGAGACCAUGCCUUAAAGGAUGUCUUCAUCCAGCAUCUCACUGACCAAUUGAAAGUGCCUGUGGAGGAGAGGAAUAAGAGAUGGGCUGAGGAGGUGUGUGCAGUGCUGGCCUUAGCACCAUUGGGGACAGAGAGAUCAGGCGCUCAACUGGAGACCCUGUGGGAGCGUUUGUGGUCAGCGAGAGAAGGGCCCUUGACAGAGGAGAGGAUCCUGGGAUGUCUGCUGAGGCCGCAGGGUCAGACUCUGUUGACGGCGUACAGCUCCACAGCACAACGACUGCUCAAAGAGAAAUUGCUGAGAGAGGCUCCACAGUCAGAGGUUGACUUGCCUGACCUGGAAAGGGUCAUGCUUGGCUUAUGUUGUCAUGACGACAAGCGUCUAGUCUGGAAAGCCAUUUACUUUGAGUGUUUGAGCAGUGGAAAGCACUUUCUGGAGCAGGUCUUGCUUACUGGUUUAGAUCUCAUAAAGAGGGAGGAAUUUUCCAAACUGGAAGCAUUAUUAGAGGCGGAGUUUCAGCCUUUGUCCCGCCUCUUGUUGCUGUUAGGCUGGAUGCAUUGUCAAAGCCUGGAUUCUGCUAAGACCCUACUUGGUGUCCUACAUCACCAACAGCUCCAGACCAGUGAUUCAGUAUUAGGCGAGUUGGCUAACACUCUGUCCUCACAGCUUGGUGUGCUGGAAUGGUGUGACCAGAACAACCCAGAGAUAUCCCAUGAUGCUUUGAUGAGUCAGUUGCACAUGCUAGACCAUCAUUCUGCCCUGUAUGUGCUGCACUGCCUGACACCCCUCGCCAAGUAUGAGGAGCGUAGAGUGUUGGAACUUUUGCAAAGAACAGGAGAUCCUUCGUUAGUGGACUCACCCAGCAGCUCUGUCCAAUGGAACGUCACUCUGUUCCAAGGCUUCUGUGCCAUGAAGUAUGCUCUGUAUGCUAUCUGUGUGAACUCGCGCACACAUACCAGCUGCCUGGACUUUGAGUCUCAGCAGCAGAAUGAAGCAAGUCAGGGGAAGGAGCUAAUUGAAGGAUGCUCUGAUAUGUUCCAGCACUACCUGUCUGAAUGUCAGCUGUACCUGGAAGCUGUUCCAUCAUUAUUCCGUCUGGAGCUCUUGGAGAACAUCUUCUCCCUCCUCUUCCUUUCUGACAUAGACUUCAACCUGCAAACAGAUCUGACCAGCACCGUCACAGAAACCCAAUCAGACACUGUCCAAAACACAAUAACCACAGAGAGGAAGAUAACCAACAAUACCAAAGGCAUGAGCAAGGAUGAAAACUUAAAAUCAAAGGAGGAAUGCGAAAAGAUGGAGGGUGUGCAAAAAGACAGCAAUACCCCAACAGAUUUGGACUCCCAGGAGAGAGAAUCUACUCCAAAUCAGAAUACCAAACAGGUAAACCCAGAGCUGGGCAACCUGAAGUCAGGGUGUCGGGGGUUUCUGGUGGAUAUGUGUGUGAUGGAAGGAAUUCUGCGGCUGGUGAGGGAGGGCUUGGAGGGCAUGUGCGGGGUUGGACAGGAGAAUGGCAGGGCACUUGUGGCUGAUGUGGAGUUGGCGGAGAGUCUGGGAUGCUCUGUUACCGCAGAAACGUUCAGCGCCCGGUUACAGAGACUAUCCAAAUACACAUCAGAAGCCCAAUGGAGACUGCAGAUUGUUACAAGUAACCAUGAAAAUGGCAAUGGUGACCUAUACCUCCCAUCACCUCUUCCUAGUCCAGCUCUCCCUCUGAAAUGUAAGGGCAACAGCAGUUCAAGCCUUCGGAAGAGGAGAAAAAACUAUCGGCAUCCCCCCGAAAGUCAAGGCUCUUCCGAACGACAGAAUGGAGAGUUCAGCACCAGCGCCUCAGAUUGUAGCAUAUGUGUUGGACCAGUGUAUCGUGAAAAUGAAGUUUGUCCGUGUGGUGGAACUCACAGCUGGCUAGUUCCUGCAAUGCUCUCCCCUCCUGUGUCUCUCCUUAUUGCCUGCAUAUGCAGAGGGAACUACAUAGAGGCCCAGCAGGUCAUUGCGAUGUAUGGUUUGGAGAACUCAGAGUAUGCAGGUGAGCUGGCAUUUAUGGACCGGUACCGGGAUGUUCUGACAGAGCUGGCUCAGGUGGAGCAGAAGAUUGAGAGCCAGUCCCUCUCUUCAUCAUCUUCAUCUUCAGAGGGGCUUGUUUCAGUGGUUGUUGCCCCAGCAGGCAGGACCAGAAUGGGCAGCAGAAGCAGAUUAACACUUAAGAGCAUCGGGAGUGCAGCAGCUGCAGGCAUGGCCUUCUAUUCCAUCUCUGAUGUCGGAGAUCGUUUGCUGAGUACCCAGACCCAUCCAAUACCCUGUCUAGAGGAUGGCUACUGGCUCUCCCAGUGUUCUGUAGACUCCUCUGACCUUAUGAGGCCCCUGCUGGAGUUGAGCCCUGCUGCUAUGGCGACCUUUGACCUCUCCUGCUGCCAGUGCCAGCUAUGGAAGACUUCACGGCAGCUCCUCGAGACUGCAGAGAGAAGACUCAGUGGUUUUCUUGAGAACAGAGGUGUACGAGUAGAUCCAAAGGUUCCUCACGCCAACGGUAUUAGAGGGUUCCCUUCAGUUCUUCAACAAAUCUGCAAGAUCCUUAACAGAACAUCAGCAAGCAAAGCCAUGAGUAAAACAGAGUGUAAUGGAGAAGAGAAUUUCAUCUUCAGCCCUUUUGGCUGUAGUACCCAGGAAGUGCUGCUGUGUUGUCAUCCAACUUUAACAGAGGAGAGUAUCUCCUCCCAUUUAAACUUGUACCAGCGCCUAGAGGUCACACUUCAAACCCUGACCUCUGCCACCAACAUCUCCGACGGUCUGACAGGUACUUCUCUGCUGACGGCACUAGUUGAACAGGCUGGUCUUAAGCAGUCUGAACUGGAUUUCCACCCAGUAAGGACUGCUAUGAAACAGCUCCUACAGUAUCUGGAUCAGCUCUGCCCGUUUGAGCCUGAUAGCACCCCCAGCAGGCCAGAUUACAUACGCAACUUCCUUGAUUACGUCAAUGUGCUGGCUUCAGUAUUGGUGCGCAGUCUGGGUUCAGAGGAUCAGUGCACAGAAGUGAAGUUGGGCAAUCCUCUUUUGCUGUUGCUGCAGUCACCUACCCAGCUCCUCUCUCUCCUGCUGUUUGACAGACAGGUGUCACCUGACAGGGUUCUGUCUCUCCUGCAGCAGGAGGAAUUGCGUUUGAGUGUGCAACAGGUUGUAGUUCAGCGCUGCUGUGAAGCUCUCCCUCUCUUGGAUUCUCGGGCUGUGACUUUUUAUCAGGGGGAAUUCUGCUUUGCUAGCAUUGCCUCCCUCCUACAGCAGCAUGCUCAGGAGUACGCCCCUUCCCUUGACCUCUCUGACCCCACCCUGAACUCUGACCCCAGCUCUGACUCUGAGGUCUCAGUGGAGGACACAUCUGCUACAUCCAACUGCCUCUCCACCUCUCCACCCUCCCCGUCUUCAUCCCCUCCCUCCUCUACAUUUCUACUCACUCCAUCUGCGCUCUCUUUCCUGAAGUCCCGUUCUCCCCUUGUUGCCACUCUGGCGUGUCUCAGUGCCAGUCGGGGUGGUGUAACUCGGGCAACCUCCUCAGGCUGGUCGGGGAUACCCUCAUAUUUUCGCGGGUCUGGCCGUAAAGAGGCGGUUCUGGAUGGAGACCAGAUCGCAAAGGAAGGGGAAACCCUUUUAAAAAGUUUCCCAAUCCUCAGACUGUACCUGCGGGCUAUGGCUGAACCAGUUCUGGGGGUCUCAUUGGAAGCAGAGGAGGGUCUUGGUCCAGCUCUUUUUGGGAAGCCUGUGGUGGGUAUGCUGUUUUCUGGCCUGCAAGGCAAUGUGGGACAAGCCAUGGCUGCAGAGGCAUUCCAGCAAGCCCUAAACAGUGGUGAUUUGGACAGAGCGUUAGAACUGCUGGAGCUGUACGCUCAACCCUGCAACCAGGAGGGGAAGCUCAGGGACAAAGUACUGGUAUGCACUGCAGUGCAAGAAUGCAGCAGUGUGGAGCAGUUGUUCCGUGUGAGGGACUGGAAGUUGCGUGGUCGUGUGGUUCUGCAGGGUUUGGAUUGCUGGCCUUUAGAUGUCUGUUUAGAGUUACUGCAGUUCUGCCUCAGUGACCAGAACACUCAGGAUCCGUUUAGAGAUCAGCUUCAGCUGAGGAAACAGGAGCUUCACAUGUACCAACAGAUGUUGAGUUUGCAGCCUCCAUUGCCAUGGGAGACAUGGCAGGAGCUAAGAGAUGAAUCUGCAAGGAAUCCGGAGUCUGUUUUCACUAUGAUGCUGAAGGCCAUGGAGUUUGAAUUGUGUGCCAAGUGGUUGCAGCUAUACUCUGUCUCUGAACAGUCUCGACUGCAGCUGCAGACUGAACACCUUCUACACCUGCUAGAACAGGGUCACAUAGAAGAUGCCUUCCAGCUCUUGGAGGUGCUUUCUGAUUCACUGGGUUUGGAGAUUUGUGAGCGAGCCCUAGAUAGAAGGCCUGAAUUGGCUUCCUGCCAUUUCCUUUCUGAUUACCUCACCCUACACUUCCAGAGUCGGAUGACCCCAGCACGCAGACGCCAUAUCCAUGCCCUGCACCUUGGCUCAAAGGUGUUACUGACUCUGCCGGAAACAUCUCGUCAGGAUUAUUUUUCCCUGCUGUCGGAUCCGCUUCUCAUGCUGGAGCAGCUACUGAUGAAUAUGAAGGUAGACUGGGCCACUGUUGCCGUCAGCACGCUACGGAACCUUUUACUUGCUCAGGAUGCUGGAAUCACCAACCAACACAUAGACACUCUACUGUCAGAUUAUGCAGGGAAGGCUCUUGAUUUCCCCUAUGCACCCAGAGAGUGGUCACGAUCUGAUUCCGUCAUUAGUUUGCAGGAUGCAUUUCUGCAGUGUCCAGCUCAGGAGAGUUGCCCCGCCUCCCCAAGCCACACCCCUCCUCCAUCAGCAGUGGCUUUUUCAGGCAGCAUACCCGUGCUUACGCCCUCCAGUGAGAGAUGCCCCAGUGCUAAGAAGAUACGCCCACUGACCACACCUUUCACCCCUCCUGAGAAAACCCCUGACCGGAAGGAUUGGAUCCCAGACCACAAACAGCACAUCUGUAUGGUCUGCCAGAAGGAGAGCUUCACCAUGUUUAACAGACGGCACCACUGCAGGCGCUGUGGCAGGCUUGUAUGUCAUUCCUGCUCCAGUAAAAAGAUGGCAGUAGAGGGCUCUGAAGAACCUGUCAGAGUUUGUGACCAGUGCUACAACUUCUUCCACACGGACUCAGAUGAGAAGCUUGAGGAGGGUGAAGCAUCUGGCAGCCCGGCAUCCAUUGACAGAGUCUUGAAUGGUGUCCUAAUUCUACCUGAAGUUUCACGAAAGCAGUACCGCCUGAGUCCAAACCCAGCAGAGAACCAGCAGCUGAAAAGCGAGUUUUACUAUGAACAGGCUCCCAGCACAUCACUGUGUGUCGCCAUACUGACACUGCACAGCGAUCAUGCAGCCUGUGGGCAGCAACUGAUUGGCCACUGCCGCUCACUUUCUCGCAAACUGACCAAUCCCGAGGUGGAUGCACGUCUACUGACAGAUGUGAUGCGUCAACUUCUAUUUAGUGCCAAACUCAUGUUUGUUAAUGCAGGAUGCACCCAAGAGCCGGCUCUCUGUGACAGCUACAUCAGUAAGGUUGAUGUGUUGAAGAUUCUGGUCAGUGCAAACUACAAGUACAUUCCAUCUCUAGACGAUAUUCAGGAAACGACUGCAGUGACACGUCUACGCAACCAGCUGCUAGAGGCCGAACAUUACCAGCUGGCCGUGGAGGUGUCGACUAAGUGUGGGCUGGACCCAAGUGGAGUGUGGCAGGCGUGGGGUAUGGCAUCUCUGAAGGCUGGACUUCUCAGUGGGGCCAGGGAGAAGUUUACCCGCUGUCUGAAGGCACCAGUUGAUCGGAACCAGCUAAACCAUGGAGCGAGACUUCUGCAGGAGAUCGUUCAGCACCUGGAGUCCGCAGUCAAACUCACUCUGAGCAUGACAGUGGAUGAAGACAUCCUGGCCUCUCUGCGUGAGCUGGAAGAUGCUCUCUCUGACUCUGUCACUGUGGAUGGCGCAGAGAGCAAGAUUCAACAGUGUUGCUAUUAUCAAGAGUGUCUGUUUUACCUGCUCACCUACGGCACACAUUUGAGCCUCAUCAGCUUUUACGUGCGCCAUGAUUGCCUGAGAGACGCUCUCACCCACUUACACAACAAGGAGUGUUCAGAGGAAGUGUUUUUGGAGGGUGUGUUUCAGCCCUGCCAUGAACGUGGUCUGUUAGGGGCUUUGCAAGGUCUGUUAGAGACUCUGGACCCCUCACUGGAGAGCUUGGGCCAUUACCUUCUCUCAGCCUGCCAAUUACUGCAGCGCAGGGGACACUACCACUCUCUGUACCAACUUCAACAGUUUAUGAUGGAUCACGUUCGUGCUGCUAUGACAUGUAUCCGAUUCUUUUCUCACGGAGCUCAGUCAUACCAGCAGCUGGGAGAACAGCAGCGCUGGCUGAUCCGCGCCAAAGAGCACCUGAGAACUUACCUGCAAGAACAGCAGAGUCGUAGGAAAUCAAACAGCUCCUCUUUCAGGAAGAAAUUGAGCUCCACUGAGGUCUCCAGACACAUAAACACAAUCGAGCUGCAACUGGAGGUAACACGCUUCCUGCAUCGCUGUGAAAGCUCCUCCCCAUCCAAGUCAACCAUAGGCCCCACAGGGAACAGUGCCCCACCCACUCUAUUUGGAAACAGCCCCAUGAAGGUGGAUGUGGCCUGCAAGGUGAUGCUGGGAGGGAAGAACAUUGAGGAAGGUUUUGGCAUUGCAUAUAGAGUAAUACAGGACUUCCAAUUGGAGGCACUUGCGGUGUACAUACGGGUCGGACAGCGCUUGAUCCGUCAGCGUCAGUACCCAUCCGUGCGGCAGCUGCUGAAGUGUGUAGGGGAGUCUGGCACAGCCUCUAAACAUGACUGUGAUGCCAUUGUGCUCAGCUGUGUGUCUGUAGCUGAUAAGAGUUCUGCUGAUUCUAAAGAGUUGGAGGCCCUGAUUCAGGAGUCUAAAAGUCCAGAAAACAAGAUAAAUGCAUAUUUGCAGUGCAGUAAACUGCGGGCGGCAUAUCUCCUGGCUGUGAAGCUGGAGCUGAAGAAGGCAACUCUGCUUGUACAGGAUGUGUUGCAGGCAGCUGAGAGCUCAAGUGACUCUGUCAUGCAGAACAUCUGUCGCCAAUGGCUUUCGGAGCAUCGGGACCAAUCGACACGAAUCGACACGGCAACGGCUCGAAAAUAACUCCUAACCACUACCAACAUGCGCCAUGCACUCACACACUUGUUGGUCACUGAGGAAUCCAGCUGUGCUCCGAUUGACUGGAGUGGGUUUAUAAUAUUCCACUCUUCGAUUAAAACGGGGAAAUGAAACACAACCACUAUUUUAAUGUCAAGUUAGUUGACAUUAAGGCUCAGUGUGGAACCAAUCCAACCCCCAGUCCAGAACAAAAACUCCACCUUCCUCCUUGAAGGACAAUUUCAGUUCUUAUUGAGUGUUGAGACUGUGGGUGGACAGUCUGUAUAAUAACAUCUCAGUGCAUUAUUGCAGUUUUACUGCUAUCCUUCCUCUUGGGCUGAUAUGUCAAGUACUUUACUCAUGAAGGGGGUGGGUCCUUCACAUUAGUUCUUAUCUCUGUACUAAAACAUUAUAACUGGCUUAUUCUCCUACCUCAGAAAAAGGGAUUUCUCUUUCUCUUCUCAUUUAUAAAGACUAAUCUAUGUGUCUAAAAUCUACCUGCUUCAACAUGGCCAUAUGACAGUGAAGUUUGUCUGCCAUGAAAUUAAGUUUUAUCUUGUUCAUGGCAAGUUUACCGUGGCAUCACCAGAUUGGUAAAACUCAUUGCAACCCUCAAAGGAAACGGGGCUGUUUUUCUUUUAGUUCUCACAGAGAGACUAGACUAAGAAGAAAGAUAUUGUUACAAAGGUAAGCAUGCAAUUUACUGGCAUUAUUAUGAGCGAUAAUUUAGAACAAGCAUAAGCAAUAUCUUUUGAUAUUGCAAAAAUAUAAACAGUUACAACUAGUUGGACAGCGAUUCUGAGUGUGACAUAGUUCAGCCUUACAAUUGAUGAAAUACUGUAUCAGUGCAACAGUGCUUACAUGUUUGUCUAUAACAACCACCAUUACACUAUUAACUCCUAUUAAACACUAUUAAGCCGUUUAUGAAUUAGAGAGGUGUUUUUAUAUGAGAGCAUGUCAACUGGAUUAAACUCUCUCUGACCCUCCUAUUAUUAAUUUUAUAAUAAUGUGGAAUCUCUUUACAUGUAUAUGUUCUUGUUUCAGUAAAUCAAAGGUAAAAAAGGGAGGGUAUGGCCAAGGGAUUGUGUGGACAACAUUAUCUGAACACUUUUUGUGUUUACAGGGCCUAUGCACAUGUGAAAAUGGGGAUGAGACUGUUGGCACGGUUUCUCUUAUUGAAGUAAUAAGCCUCGUUGAUUACUGAUUGUGUGUUUCCUUCAGUGUGUUGCCAAAGAGCCUGUGAGAGAUGUAUGCACAUAUUUCUCAAACUUAUUAGGGUGAAAAAGAAAUGCAAGUGUUUGUUCACACGUCUAUACAGCUGCUGAAGGGACAUUUCCUAAUUAUCAGAAUAUAAUUCAAAUAUAUUUAUAUGUAGAAAAAGCUAAUUUCUAACAAACAAUACUGAUAUAUUCAGUAGCUAACUAAUUACAUUUUUACUGUCACUUAAUUUGUUUUAAAUCCCUGUAUGAAAUAAUAAUGAACUUCUUGAUCAUAUUUUGAAUAAUGUGUUAAUGUGCCCUUAAAUGUGUGUUUGUAUAUUUUAGCAAAUAAAUA